AUGGUAACUCAACCUCCUCAUGAUGAUUUGGAUGAUGAGAAAUUGGCGAGACAAAAAGAGAUCGAAGAUUGGUUACCAAUUACUUCAUCAAGAAAUGCUAAAUGGUGGUACUCUGCUUUUCACAAUGUCACGGCCAUGGUCGGUGCCGGAGUUCUUGGUCUCCCUUACGCCAUGUCUCAGCUUGGCUGGGGACCAGGAGUUGCAGUUUUGGUUCUGUCAUGGAUCAUAACACUAUACACACUAUGGCAAAUGGUGGAGAUGCACGAAAUGGUUCCGGGGAAGCGUUUUGAUCGCUACCACGAGCUUGGACAACACGCGUUUGGAGAAAAACUCGGUCUCUACAUAGUUGUGCCGCAACAGCUGAUCGUUGAAAUCGGCGUUUGCAUCGUUUAUAUGGUCACUGGAGGCAAAUCGUUAAAGAAAUUUCAUGAGCUUGUUUGUGAGGAUUGCAAACCAAUCAAACUUACUUAUUUCAUCAUGAUCUUUGCCUCUGUCCACUUCGUCCUCUCUCAUCUUCCCAACUUCAAUUCCAUCUCCGGCGUUUCUCUCGCCGCCGCCGUUAUGUCUCUCAGCUACUCAACGAUUGCAUGGGCAUCUUCGGCAAGUAAAGGAGUUCAAGAAGAUGUGCAAUACGGUUACAAAGCGAAAUCAACCGUCGGUACGGUUUUCAAUUUCUUCAGCGGUUUAGGUGACGUGGCGUUUGCUUACGCUGGUCACAACGUGGUCCUUGAGAUCCAAGCAACAAUCCCUUCGACCCCUGAGAAACCCUCAAAAGGUCCGAUGUGGAGAGGAGUCAUCGUUGCUUACAUCGUCGUCGCGCUUUGUUAUUUUCCGGUGGCUCUAGUCGGAUACUACAUCUUCGGAAAUGGUGUGGAAGACAAUAUCCUCAUGUCACUCAAGAAACCGGCGUGGUUAAUUGCUACGGCUAACAUCUUCGUCGUUAUUCACGUCAUCGGUAGUUACCAGAUUUAUGCAAUGCCGGUUUUCGAUAUGAUGGAGACUUUAUUGGUUAAGAAGCUAAAUUUCAGACCGACCACGGCUCUCCGGUUCUGUGUCCGCAACUUCUACGUUGCCGCAACAAUGUUUGUUGGUAUGACAUUUCCGUUCUUUGGUGGGCUUUUGGCGUUCUUUGGUGGAUUCGCGUUUGCCCCAACGACCUACUUCCUUCCUUGCAUUAUUUGGCUAGCCAUCUACAAACCCAAGAAGUACAGCUUGUCUUGGUGGGCUAAUUGGGUAUGUAUCGUGUUUGGACUUUUCUUGAUGGUGUUAUCGCCGAUUGGAGGGCUAAGGACGAUCGUUAUUCAAUCAAAGGGAUACAAGUUUUACUCGUAA